AACUUUCUUUAUAACAUGACCCCUUCUUAUUCUAGUCAUAUAAUUAGAGUCAUCUUUCAUUCACUCGAAAAAGUGUCCUUAUUGCCAACCAAACCAAACUAUAUUAUCCAUUUAUAAUCUAUUAGGACUUCCUUCUUUAUCAUCAUUAAGUCUUGAAUUUGCUAACCAUCUUCAUAAUUUGCCUAAGAAGGUUCAAGAUCAGACCUUUCGACCUUCUUCUUUCAGGCCGAAAAGUCACACUUGAACCUCCUAACUUCCUUCCUCGGUUUCAAGGUAUUGAAAGUUUGAUCAAAUCUCAAACCUCUCUUUCAUGUUAAAGGGUGAGACUUGAACUUGCAACCUCCUUUUAGCCCGGUUUUUGAGGCCAGGGCCUAAAAACCUCAUCUAUAGCUCGCAUAAGGCCCAACGAGCUAGCUAGCUAGACUUAACCAACCAUGGAAACUUCAAAUCUUGAGGGAUCAUUACUUCUCUACUUCACUCUCAUGUAUAUUUCUAUAUAUCUAUUGGGUUACUCAACACUAUUCAAGAAUUGGGAUUCCAAGAAAAGGCCAGAUGCAUCAAGUUGUCUAACCUCUCUAGCUCAUGGCACCCCAGCAGUCUUUCUAUCAAUCUAUGCAAACUUUUUACACACACAAAUACCACAAGCCCACUUUGCAGCCCAAAACACACCAUUCCAAGCCUUAGUUCUUGAUUUCAGCAUUGCAUACUUCCUCAUAGACACUUCACAUUACUUAAUCUUCACCCCAAAUGAUCACUUAUUCAUUGCACAUCACUUAGCAGUUCUCUACGUUUUCAUAACAUGCCGAUAUGUUGUCCAUUAUGGCGGUUUUGCCAUCCUUCUACUCCUUAUCUUGGCAGAAGUCACUAGUCUUCUUCAGAACAUAUGGUGUCUAGCUAGAUACCGAAAAGAUGAGGUGGCCGUGGCGGCAAGGUUGCACAGUGGUUUAUCCCCUUACUUUUACGGGUUUUACACGGUUGUUAGAGGGGUUUUCGGGCCAUUUCUUGUGUGUAAAAUGAUGGUGUUUUACUUGAAUGGUGGUGGAAAUGAUGUGAUUCCCGUGUGGGCUUGGGUUUCUUGGAUGGUUGUGAUUGUUAGUGCUAUUUUUGUUAGUGUCUUGUGGGUUUCUAACCUAUGGUUAAAGUUCUUUAAAGAAAGAAGCAAGAUAAAGAAAUUAAGUUAGAAAAGUAUAACUUUUUUCUUUUUAGUGUGUAUAUAGAUGAUAUUGAUAUUUUAUCUAAAGUUUCUAUGGAAUAGUUGUACUAUAAUUAAACAAGUGGUCUUGUAUUAUAUAUAGAUAUGAAUAUAUGAUAUAUCAAGUAGUGUAAGUAA